GGUGCCGGGCGGGCUCUCACGGAAGUCCAUGCGCCAUUGGGAGGGCCGCAGCGGCUGCUCGGUGCCCUUGUUGCCGAGGGCUUCUUCCUGGGUCAUUCCUGGAGCAAGGGCCGGACGGGGGCUGACACCCGGGCUCCCGCGUGGCCCUGUAGGCGCCUGUGUGACCUCCUCGCCGGCGGGAUGUGGCGACUACACCGGGCCGCCGUGGCCUGUGAGGUCUGCCAGUCCUUAGUGAAACAUAGCUCUGGAAUCAAAGGAAGCUUACCGUUACAAAAACUGCAUCUGGUUUCACGAAGCAUUUAUCAUUCACAUCAUCCUACCUUAAAGCUUCAGAGACCCCAAUUCAGGACGUCAUUUCAUCAGUUUUCCUCUUUAACUAACCUUCCCUUACGUAAAUUGAAACUUUCUCCAAUUAAAUAUGGCUACCAGCCACGCAGGAAUUUUUGGCCAGCGAGAUUAGCUGCAAGACUCUUAAAACUUCGCUAUCUCAUACUAGGAUCUGCUGUUGGGGGUGGCUAUACAGCCAAAAAGACUUUUGAUCAGUGGAAAGAUAUGAUACCUGACCUUAGUGACUAUAAAUGGAUUGUGCCUGACAUCGUGUGGGAAAUUGAUGAGUAUAUCGAUUUAGAGAAAAUUAGAAAAGCACUUCCUAAUUCAGAGGACCUUGCAAAAUUGGCACCUGACUUUGAUAAGAUUGUUGAAAGCCUCAGCUUAUUGAAGGACUUUUUCACCACAGGUCACAAAUUGGUUAGUGAAGUCAUAGGAGCUUCUGACCUACUUCUCUUGUUAGGUUCACCGGGAGAAACAGCAUUUAGAGCAACAGAUCAUGGAUCUGAAAGUGACAAGCAUUAUAGAAAGGGUCUGCUUGGUGAGCUCAUUCUCUUACAACAGCAAAUUCAAGAGCAUGAAGAGGAAGCACGCAGAGCCGCUGGCCAAUAUAGCACGAGCUAUGUCCAACAGAAGCGCAAGGUGACAGACAAAGAGAAAAUUGACCAGCUUCAAGAAGAACUUCUGCAUACUCAGUUAAAGUACCAGAGGAUCUUGGAACGGUUAGAAAAAGAGAACAAAGAAUUAAGAAAAUUAGUAUUGCAGAAGGAUGACAAAGGCAUCCAUCACAGAAAACUUAAGAAAUCUUUGAUUGACAUGUAUUCUGAAGUUCUUGAUGUUCUAUCUGAUUAUGAUGCCAGUUACAAUACACAAGAUCAUCUGCCAAGGGUUGUUGUGGUUGGAGACCAGAGCGCUGGAAAAACCAGUGUGUUGGAAAUGAUUGCUCAAGCACGUAUAUUCCCUCGAGGAUCUGGGGAGAUGAUGACACGCUCUCCGGUUAAGGUUACUCUGAGUGAAGGUCCUCACCAUGUGGCCUUGUUUAAAGAUAGUUCUCGGGAGUUCGAUCUUACCAAAGAGGAGGAUCUCGCAGCAUUAAGACACGAAAUAGAACUCCGAAUGAGGAAAAAUGUGAAAGAAGGCUGUACUGUUAGUCCUGAGACCAUAUCUUUAAAUGUAAAAGGCCCGGGAUUGCAGAGGAUGGUGCUUGUUGACUUACCAGGUGUGAUCAAUACUGUGACAUCAGGCAUGGCUCCUGACACAAAGGAAACUAUUUUCAGUAUCAGCAAAGCUUAUAUGCAGAAUCCUAAUGCCAUCAUACUGUGUAUUCAAGAUGGAUCUGUGGAUGCUGAACGCAGCAUUGUUACAGACCUGGUCAGUCAAAUGGAUCCCCAUGGAAGGAGGACGAUAUUUGUUUUGACCAAAGUAGACCUGGCAGAAAAAAACGUGGCUAGUCCAAGCAGGAUUCAGCAGAUUAUUGAAGGAAAACUCUUCCCAAUGAAAGCUCUGGGUUAUUUUGCUGUUGUUACAGGAAAAGGAAACAGCUCUGAAAGCAUUGAAGCUAUAAGAGAAUAUGAAGAAGAAUUUUUUCAAAAUUCAAAACUCCUAAAGACAAGCAUGCUGAAGGCACACCAAGUGACUACAAGAAAUUUAAGCCUAGCUGUUUCAGACUGCUUUUGGAAAAUGGUACGAGAGUCGGUUGAGCAACAGGCGGAUAGUUUCAAAGCAACACGUUUUAACCUUGAAACUGAGUGGAAGAAUAACUAUCCUCGCCUGCGAGAACUUGACCGGAAUGAACUAUUUGAAAAAGCAAAAAAUGAAAUCCUCGAUGAAGUUAUCAGUCUGAGCCAGGUUACACCAAAACAUUGGGAAGAAAUCCUUCAGCAGUCUUUAUGGGAAAGAGUAUCAACUCAUGUGAUUGAAAACAUCUAUCUUCCAGCUGCACAGACCAUGAAUUCAGGGACUUUUAAUACAACAGUGGAUAUCAAGCUUAAACAGUGGACUGAUAAACAGCUUCCUAAUAAAGCAGUAGAGGUUGCUUGGGAGACGCUACAAGAAGAAUUUUCCCGCUUCAUGACAGAACCAAAAGGGAAAGAGCAUGAUGACAUAUUUGAUAAACUUAAAGAGGCUGUUAAGGAAGAAAGUAUUAAACGCCACAAGUGGAAUGAUUUUGCAGAGGACAGCUUGAGGGUUAUUCAACACAAUGCUUUAGAAGAUCGUUCCAUAUCUGAUAAACAGCAGUGGGAUGCAGCUAUUUAUUUUAUGGAAGAAGCUCUUCAAGCUCGUCUCAAAGAUACUGAAAACGCGAUUGAAAACAUGAUAGGUCCAGAUUGGAAAAAGAGGUGGUUGUACUGGAAGAACCGGACCCAAGAACAGUUUGUCCACAAUGAAACCAAGAAUGAAUUGGAGAAGAUGUUGAAGUGUAAUGAGGAGCACCCAGCCUAUCUGGCGAGUGAUGAGAUAACUACGGUCCGAAAGAACCUCGAAUCCCGAGGAGUAGAAGUGGACCCAAGCUUGAUUAAGGAUACUUGGCACCAAGUUUAUAGAAGACACUUCUUAAAAACAGCUCUAAACCAUUGUAACCUUUGUCGAAGAGGUUUUUACUACUACCAAAGGCAUUUUGUAGAUUCUGAGUUGGAAUGCAAUGAUGUCGUCCUCUUUUGGCGAAUACAGCGCAUGCUUGCUAUCACUGCAAAUACUUUGAGGCAGCAACUUACAAAUACUGAAGUCAGGCGAUUAGAGAAAAAUGUGAAAGAGGUAUUAGAAGAUUUUGCUGAAGAUAGUGAGAAGAAGGUAAAACUGCUCACUGGCAAACGAGUUCAGCUGGCUGAAGACCUCAAAAAAGUCAGAGAAAUUCAAGAAAAACUUGAUGCUUUUAUUGAAGCUCUUCAUCAGGAGAAAUAAAUGAAUCCUACCCAUAAUAUAAUCACCUCUGCAUACAUGUGAAGAAAGAAAACUUCAAGGUCUCUUGUCCUGCCUUUUUUCCUUCUGCUAUUCCACCUUUUUAAACAUAAAAUAAAGUCAUGGGAUAAAAAUAAUUUAUGCGUGUUCGAGGCACUUUAACCAUCAGUUGCCUUUCGAAUUCAAGAACAAUGGAAAUGGCAUUAAAAUCCUAUUUUAUUUUAUUGAAGUGACAAAUUGAGAUAGUACAAGUGGUGUGGCAGUUAGAUUCAGUCCUUGAAGAUAAGAAAUCUGCUCUCCUGCUUGUCUCAUUUGUGGUGGCACGUGUUCAACUAAUUCAUUAGCUCAUGUUACUCAGUGUCAGUUUUUUUCUGGGGAAAAAAUGCCAGAUGUUGUGAAGAGCUAUCAAUUGUAUAUAAGAUGAUGGUAACCCGCUAAGUUGUUGUCUGUUUCUGUAAUGCUCUAUAUGCAGUAGCUAUCUGAUUAUGAAAAUUCAGUUUAUAUUUAUCAUGUGAAAGAGGACUAGCUAACAGAAGAGUGCCUCAAAAAGGUGAAUUCGGAUUUCAGCAACUUGCUCGCUAAGAGGGCUGCCUUAGAAGCGAAGUCGGCAGCAGCUUCCGUGGUUGCUUCCAUUGACAGUUUCAUCCUUUCUGUAACCAUUUUGGAUGUUGUAUAGGUAAGUCGGUGUUCUGUUAACCAUGGGUGUUUUGAACCUGUGGACAGAGCUACUGGGUUGUGACACAGGGUAAGGAAGAUAAAGAAUAAUCAGUUGACUGACUUCGCUUCAGGAAAAGGCUUUCUGUCACAAGACUGUUUUAAAUAGAAAUUAUUUCAACCGAAUAACGUUGACCAUCUCCCUCUUAGCUGACAGUGUAAAAAAAAAAAACAUAAAAUUUGAUUCACUGCAGUUCAGUUACUGUACCCUCACAGCAUUUUUGUGUGUUCCAUACAAAUACUUUUUUAUUGGCUCAAGGACCUUAAAGCAAAGAAAUAUGCUAUUUUGGGCUUAAAAUCUCUUUCUCAUUUAUCUCUGCUCUAAUAAAAGUGCCCAUUGUGUGACAGUUUUAUUUUAUAGUUUACUUAAUUUUACAGCUAUUUUAGAAUUACGUUUUGGUAACAGUUUCCUUGCUACCCCACUUUUUUUUUUUUUAAUUUAGCAUCAAUAUACUCUUCAUUGUGAUUUCUCUAAGAUCUGAGGACAUUUAAUAUACAAAGUUGGAAGGAUAUCACAGACUAUUUCAGAAAUUGAGAAUUCAGUUAAUAUUUGUUCUAUACUGUUUGAUAAGAAAGGUAGAUCCAGUUUUAUACAACUGGUAGCAAUCUACAUUGUUACUUGGUAGAUGAGAGUCAAGAACAUUUCAUGUGUCUUUCACCUCUAGAGCUGAUGGGUGAACAGAAAAGGAAUAAAUACACACACACACACACACACACGUUCUGUGCUGAGUUUAGAGAUGACCUCACUGGUUAACUCCCUCUAACCAUGCUGUUUGGUGGUAACUCCUCAGUGAAGCAGGCACCGUGCAAUUAUUAAUAUUUUUGUAGUUGUAAAAUACAGCCACUUUACAACUAUAAAUCUGUUUCUAAAGAAAUAGGACCAUGUUUAUUUAUAUAUGCUAUGGAUAGGAAAAAAAUACCCUCAGCUGUAUUUCUAUAGCUUUUUCCCGAGCAGAAGGUUAAUGUUAAGUCAGUACUUUUUCACAUCUGUUUGUGUAAAUACAAGAAACAGUGAUGGGUGUCUUCAUUUUUGAGAUCAGUAUUUAUAAAUUAAACACACAAAUAGAUGAUAAAAAUUAAUGUGAUUAAAAAUCCCAUGUAAGAGUCCAGACACUCCCUCUCAUCCCCCACACUAAUAUGACUUCUUUCUUUCAUGGGCUACAUUUUUUUUUUCCUUUUUAAGCUGAUCUCAUUCUAAGCAUGCCUCCCCUGCCCCCUGCCCCUUGGAAGUUAGGUUGAUGCAGAUGUUAUUUAAAGAAAAAAUAAAAUUGAGAUUCUUAACAGUAAAUCCUGUGUGUUUUGUCUGUAGCUCAAAAAAUUACAAAUGAUUCAAAUUUAAACAAAUCACUUCAGAAACUGAAUAUACAGGAGUUAAGUUCUAACUUGACCAGGAAUCAUUUGUUUUAUGGCAGAAUUUGCCAAGAAUAGGGUGAACAAAGCCCUGUAUGGAAGACUGAACAACUGUAAGUAGAUGAUAUCUAUAAUUGACUCGGUCAGGGUGUCAGUUUUAAAACUCCAUAUUCGUAGGCAGUACACAACAGGAAAUAAGCCCUUCUCGCUGCUUCACAGUUGAAUCCACUGAGCUCUAGCUAUCGGUGGAGCAAUCCGCCUUUCUUAGUGGCUUCGUUAUAUUCUCUCCUCUUUGUAUUACCCCCCUUUUUCAGAGUUUACCCCAGUGGACUCCUUCCCACAAAUAGUUUGGCCUCCAAAUGGAAAUGAAUAGUGUAAAAAUGAGUAGGGAAUAUUGCAGAGAGUGAUACUUCCUCACCGUAUAAUUUGAGAAAUUUACAUAUGAUGGUAAGAUUCAGAGUGUAGGCUUAAAAGGUAAAUUCCUUAAGUAGUUAAUAAUUUUAUAUUUAUUUAUUUCAGAUGUAUUUAUCUUAAAAAAGAAAUAAUGGUAUUUUAGUUUUCCACUGAAAGGGAUCAAAAUAGUGCUUUUUCUCUCAGUUCUCUAAGCUGGUGUUGGCUGUAGUUUCAGGUACUUAGCAGUGUAGAGAUGUGCUUACAAAUAUACUUACUUUUGAAUGGUCACGGCUAUGUGUUUAAAUAUUUAAAACUUAACCUUGUUUUUACUUGUGCACUGUGAAUGAACUUUGUAUUAUUUUUUAAAACCUUCAUACUCCAUGUAGAUGUUAUUGCCAUUUUAUUUUGCCUGUGCUUAAUUAAGGUCAUUUGUAUAGAUUAGUAAUUAAAGAUCUUUAAAUCAUGUUAUAAUUUGAUAUUGGAGAGCAUCUUUUAACUUUUCUCUGUAUUAAUGAGAUAAGAGAGAGAAAGAGAGAGAAGAGAGAGACCUGUGAACCUAGACUCAUAAUUUGACCUCAUAGUGUAACCAAAUUCAUGGUCUCAUAAGCCUCUUAAUGUGGCUCUUUUCUGAAUACUUACAUUUCACAUGCUUCACAUUUCACCAUUGUAAUCCAUGGUCAAACAAUGCCUUUUUUCAUGUCUUGAUAUUUGUCAAAACAUUUUGGUAUUUUCUCUGAUAAAAUAUAUUAAAAAUGUCUUUUAAUUGGA